AUGGGAAACAACUGCGUUGGAUCGACGAAGGAUGGUCUCUUCCAUUCAGUCUCGAAUUCGCUUUGGUGGUCUCGAUCGACAGGUUUUGUUUCUCAUGGCAGUAGAGAAAUUAAUAGUACUGAUGCAACACCACAAUUGAGUAAGAAGAACUCAGAAGCUCCUCUUUAUGUUCAAAACAAGGCCCCGGAACAAGUUAAAAUAGCUACGGAAGACUAUAAGCCGGUGCAGCCUUCAAAUCAAAAGGAGAAGGUUCAACCAGACAAGCCUAAGGAACCGGCACAACCUCAGAAGCAGAAAGAAGAGACCAUACUUGCAAGGCAAGUAACAUUUCAAAAAGGAGAGACUAAACCAGCACAACCAAAAAUUCUCAAGGAACCAGGAGAACCAAUACCACAAAAGGCAGAGACUAAGCCAGCAGUGGUGGCAAGACCAAAGAAGCCUCAUAGUGUCAAGAGGGUAGCAAGUGCAGGGCUUCAGGCUGACUCUGUCUUGCAAACCAAAACAGGUCAUUUGAAGGAUUUCUUCGAUUUGGGCGAAAAGCUUGGACAUGGACAGUUUGGGACAACUUUUCAUUGUGUGGAGAAAUCAACUGGAAAGGAGUAUGCUUGUAAAUCCAUUGCUAAAAGGAAACUGCUGAAUACAGAAGAUGUGGAGGAUGUGAGGAGAGAAAUUCAAAUAAUGCAUCACUUGGCAGGGAAUCAAAAUGUGAUCGCGAUUAAGGCAGCGUAUGAGGAUGCUGUUGCAGUUCAUGUUGUCAUGGAAUUAUGUUCAGGUGGUGAGCUGUUUGAUCGGAUUAUCAAGCGGGGCCAUUUCACCGAAAGAAAGGCAGCACAACUAACAAGGACUAUAGUUGGUGUUAUAGAAGCCUGCCAUUCUUUGGGUGUCAUGCAUCGUGAUCUUAAGCCGGAGAACUUUCUUUUCGUCAAUGAAGACGAGGAUUCAUCCCUUAAGGCUAUAGAUUUUGGAUUAUCAAUAUUCUUUAAGCCAGGGGAGAUUUUCGGUGAUGUGGUUGGAAGCCCGUAUUAUGUUGCACCUGAAGUCCUGCGCAAGCGCUAUGGUCCGGAAGCAGAUGUAUGGAGUGCUGGUGUUAUCAUUUACAUUCUCUUAAGUGGGGUGCCUCCGUUUUGGGGUGAAACAGAGCAAGAGAUAUUUGAAGAGGUUUUGCAUGGUGAUCUUGACUUCUCAUCAGAUCCCUGGCCUAGUAUUUCUCGAAGUGCCAAAGAUCUAGUUAAGAAGAUGCUUGUUAGAAACCCGAAAAAGCGGAUAACUGCUCAUCAAGUUCUGUGCCACCCUUGGGUUCAGGUUGAUGGAGUGGCUCCAGACAAGCCUCUUGAUUCCGCAGUUUUAAGUCGCUUGAAGCAGUUUUCUGCAAUGCACAAAAUUAAGAAAAUGGCUCUUAGAGUCAUUGCAGAGCACCUCUCUGAAGAAGAAAUUGCUGGCUUAAAAGAAAUGUUCAAAAUGAUAGAUACUGACAAUAGCGGUCAAAUUACUUUUGAAGAACUUAGAGAUGGACUGAAAAGAUUUGGAGCUAAUCUAAAUGAGUCUGAGAUAUAUGAUCUUAUGCAAGCUGCAGAUGUUGACAAUAGUGGCACAAUCGAUUAUGGGGAGUUCAUAGCAGCAACUUUGCAUCUAAACAAAGUAGAGAGAGAAGAUCAUUUGUUUGCAGCUUUCUCAUACUUUGACAAAGAUGGCAGUGGUUAUAUCACUCAAGAUGAGCUUCAACAAGCCUGUGAGGAGUUUGGCAUUGUGGAUGUUCACUUGGAAGAGCUAAUCCGGGAAGUCGAUCAGGACAAUGAUGGUCGGAUCGAUUACAACGAGUUUGUUGCCAUGAUGAAGAAAGGCAAUGCAGAUUUUGACAAGAAGGGCCUUCAUACAAGUGCUCUUAGCAUUGGAUUUAGGGAGGCUCUAUCUGUUUGUUAA